AUGUGGUUGAUUCUGGGGGACGCUACAGGUCACUUCCUGGCUGGAUCCUUUAUACUUAUCCUAGGUCUUUGGUGGAGUACAAAGAGUAUUUUGAAGUAUAUUUGUAAACAGCAAAAAAGGUCUUCCUCCCUUAUUACCCCCAAAUUUUUCUCUCGAGCAGAAAUUUUGGAGGGAAUUGUGAUUAGUGUCAUGGCAUUAACAGGGAUAAUUGGUCUAUUUUCUCGGUUUGGAAAAAUAAAAACGUUACCACCUGAACAUAUACAGUUGGCCAAAAUCCUGCACUGGCAACAUGUCACCAUGUACACAGUCCUUAUAAUGCUGGGUGUGACCAAGGUCUUAUGUUUCACCAUUAAUUCGCUGCCAAUCUCUUUGAUCAAGUUAAUGGCAUCAAAUGCCUUCUUUGUGGAAGCUUUCAUCUUCUACAACCAUCCUCGUAGCAAUGUAUUAUUGGACAAGUUUUUGCACCAUCAACUGAACUUGAGUGCGUUUUUGACUGGUCUGGCAGCCUUUAUAGAAUUCCUCCUCACAAAGAACAAUGUAGUUCUGGAACUUCUGACGUCAAGUUUCGCCAUGCUACAGGGGGCUUGUUUCUUGCAGAUUGGUUUUGUCCUGUUUCCCACAAAUAUAGAACAUGCAUGGGACCUGAAUGAUCCUAACAACUCUAUGAUUUUUUCCACACUUUUUGGUGCUUAUUAUGCAUUGAUCUAUGUCAUCAUUGGAGUUAAUUAUGCUCUUGUUAGCUGGUUCAUUAAGUUGAAACUAAGCAAGCCCUGCCCCUCAGAAAUUCAAUCUCUGAAAAAUUAUGAACAGCACGAAGACUCAGAAGACGAUAUGUGAUUUUUGUGUCCAGUUUCUUCAGUUCUCCAAGAGAAAAAGUUGACCAAGAUAUUUCUAUUUUUUUCUCCAUCUUUAUUAAAUUGGGUAUUUCUUAUUUAAAUUUCUUUUUUUCCUUUUCUUCAUCUUUAUUAAAUUGGUUAUUUCUUAUUUA